AUGCCCGGACAUGUUCACAUUAACGGCUCUGCUUUAUCUACCCUUUUGAAACCCUUUCAAUGCAGCGAAAAUUUAAAGAAAAUGCAAGAAAAUAAAAAUAAAAAGGAGAUACAGUGCGACUUAUUAAAGCACAAUGAAUCGUUACUCGAGAAAAUUAAAGAAAUUUACGACAAGCAAGGUGAAAUUUAA